AUGCAGCUUGUGCUGUGGUUGCCAUGGUUCGCAUGGCUUGCUACAGCAGCCAAGGUGUACAGAUGCAAAUGGCCACGCUCUGUUUUAAGCUCUGGUGAUCCCAAUUUGACUGUGACAGUGGAUGGAUCUGAAGUGAAGUGCGAUCGGACUGGAGAUGCAAAUUACAUUUGUCCAGCCGCCUGUGACUACGUGAACAGCAAUCCAGACGCUUGCUUUGGGCCCAUCGAAGAUGGAGGUGAAUGCAACACCGUUUGGGAAAGGAAUAGCCAGUCCUUCUACACGCUAGAGAGUAUCAACAGCACCUACGCUUGCACCAGGCGCUGGAAUAGUGAUUGUUCUCAAGACAUGGGAGGCACAGCAUGUCACCAACUGGGCCAGUGCUAUGGGAGCUACCAGAUGGUCACUUUCGAUCAGCAGACCUUUCUGGCGAAGUAUGGCUACGAGCCGAGCUUCCUGCAGCAGCCGUGGGAGAUUCUGGAGCCUCCGUCUUGUGCUGGCCACACAGCUGCGGAGUGCUGCAUGUUAAACAUCAACUACUACCGCUGUCUACAUGGAGCACCUCCCUUGAUCUAUCACGCAGGGAUUGCAGCCAGCGCACAGGAGUGGGCCAGCAAGAAGGACAAGGGCAGCAUUCAUUCCAACUGGGGUGGCAGCUUCUUUCCUCACUACACUGAAGUGAUUACUUGGGGCACAGACAGCUGCGUACGCGGUGCCAAAGCAUGGUAUGCCGAGAUAGGCGUCCACAACUUCAGUAUCAAUGCGGUUCAAAAUGCUGGCGGCUCUUACAAUUCUGGCCACAUGGUUCUCCUCUUGUGGCACAACCACACCAUGCUUGGCUGUGGAUUUGAUUCGACUGGAGAUGCCCCCAUUGUGGUGUGUGACUUUGCAUGGGCUCAUCAGGGACACAAAGGUGAUGAUGCCUGGGAAGCCAACCUCAAGCCACGAAGUGGAGCAACUCAAUCAGAAUGCCGACAAGUCGCAGAGGCCUCACUGAGCUUCCCCAUUCUGAAUGCAGGGGACGACAUCACUGCGGAGCAAGUGGCGGCUCUAAGGGCUGGUCAGAUACCCGGUGGUGCGAGUGCAAGCACCACCACAGGUGACAGUUCGUCCAACGAAGGCGUGAGCACGACUGGGGGGUCCGACAACUCAUUGACAAGUUUGGGAAGGGCAAAGUGUCUCUUGGGCAGCAUCCCUUGCUUGCUGGGCUUUAUUGCUCUUCUGUUCACAUGA